ACAUACUACAUUGUAGUUACACCACGGCCCAAUAAGGAAAAGGAAUAAAAUAAAAUAUUGGAUUAAUUACAAAGAACUUUGUAGACUUUGUAAAUAUAAGCUGCCUGUUGCCAGUUCUGCCAAUGCUUGUUAUUUCCACUUAUUUCAUUAUUUACUCAGAAAAUGCUGUGAUUUGCUGUUAGUCACAAGCAAGCGUCUGAUGCCACCAUUGUUUUUGGAAGCGCCCCGUCCACGCCACAAGGCGAAACAAUAAGCUUCGAAAAUGCGGUGCUGUGUGCCUUUCUGCAAAAAUACUUCGGACAAUGUAUCAGAGGGAGCAGGGAAGGGGAUUAGUUUUCAUGGUUUCCCCAAUGAAGUGCAUCUCCGUGAAGCUUGGCUCAGAGCCCUCGGCAAACAAGACAAUCUACCAGACUCUGCUUUGGUCUGCUCACAGCAUUUUCUUCAUGAUGACAUUUAUGAAACAGAAAGUGGCUUACGGCGAAUUGUUACUGGUGCUAUUCCUUCAAUGGUGCAGGUUUGCAUGAUAUGUCUAGACACUGACAGCAAGCUGUUUCUAAUGAAUAAACAUAAAUUAGACGAAGCAUAUGAAAAAUUAACCCGAUAUCCUCUGUGUGAUCAAGGAAACCUAAAACAGGCACUUUGUGUACAAUGUGCUCAGAGAUUGAGAAACUUUAGUAGAUUUAGAGAUCAAAGUCUGAAAGCUCGUGCACUGAUGAUGGACUUAAUUGAAAAACAUGAAUUAAUAACAAAACGACAUAUCAAAAUGAUAAACCGCACCAAACACCAACUAAAGAUUAAUAUGGUGUUGACAACGCUAGGACCUGACCACUGCGACUUACACAUACUAGAACACCCCUUAGAAGACAAACAAAUUGAAUUACAAGAAACAGACCACCAAGUUCUAGUAAAAACUGAAGGAAGCGAUGACUCUAUGUCGGUUGAUGAGGACAUUGAUGUAAAUGAAGAUGACAAUAAUGCCAUAGAUGAGUUUGUGACUUCUAAUGAUGAAAACAUAUCCGACUACAGCAUUAUGGUGGAAACAAGAGCAAUGGAUGAAGCACUUUACAAAGCUCUCAAGAUGAAAAAUAUGAGUGCAAAUCUCGAGAACAAUGGCUGUGAUGCUGAAUGUAACACCGUCCAUGUAUGCAAGCCUCGUACAGCUGUGAGCUCUAGCUCUGCACACUCUUCACUCAUCACUGAAAACGAGCAAGGAGGCCCCAACCCUUCGGCACAGUCUCCUCAGACCUCAGUUGUUCCCGUGGCCGCGAGUCUAGCGACAAGAAACAAAAUAAAAGUGCAUCCAACUGAAGAAGCUGAUACAUCCAUCAACAAAUUAACAGAUUGUGUUGUCAAAUUAUAUGACAUUUUCUCUAAGAAAGUUGUACCAAGACGAGAUGAAAAAGCUGUAAGGUCCUGUGAAAGUCAAAACAUUACAUCUAAAGAUACCCGUUAUCAGGCAACAAGCCUGGAUGAAGUCUCUACAACAGAAUAUGUUGAACCAGUCGCUGAAGCAGUUCCUGUAACUGUAACGGAAACUGUACAAAGUAAAACUGAUUGUUUGAAGAAUGUACAAUUUGCAUUACAAAAUAGUUCAAACACUGGGGUAAGAAAUUGCAUUUGUGAUAUUUGUCAAAAAAUAUAUACACGAAAAGGUCUCUUAGUUAAACACAUAAAGACUCAUGGUGAAGUAAGACGGUUCACUUGCAAAAUUUGCCAGUACAAGUGUAAAUAUCAAAGUGCCUUGAAGAGGCACAUGAGAACCCACACUGGAAUAAAACCUGUCUCGUGUAAGUUAUGCGAUUAUAAAUGUUCUCGAAAUAGCGAUUUAGUGUUGCACAUGAGAACCCAUACUGGUAUUAAGCCUUUCUCGUGUGAGUUAUGCGAUUAUAAAUGUUCUCUAAGAGGUAAUUUAGUGAGGCACAUGAGUACCCAUACUGGGAUAAAACCUUUCUCGUGUGAGUUAUGCGAUUAUAAAUGUACAACAAAUGGUGCACUAGUGGCGCACAUAAGAACCCAUACUGGAAUAAAACCUGUCUCGUGUAAGUUAUGCGAUUAUAAAUGUUCUCGAAAUAGCGAUUUAGUGUUGCACAUGAGAACCCAUACUGGUAUUAAGCCUUUCUCGUGUGAGUUAUGCGAUUAUAAAUGUUCUCUAAGAGGUAAUUUAGUGAGGCACAUGAGUACCCAUACUGGGAUAAAACCUUUCUCGUGUGAGUUAUGCGAUUAUAAAUGUACAACAAAUGGUGCACUAGUGGCGCACAUAAGAACCCAUACUGGAAUAAAACCUGUCUCGUGUAAGUUAUGCGAUUAUAAAUGUUCUCGAAAUAGCAAUUUAGUGUUGCACAUGAGAACCCAUACUGGUAUUAAGCCUUUCUCGUGUGAGUUAUGCGAUUAUAAAUGUUCUCUAAGUGGUAAUUUAGUGAGGCACAUGAGAACCCAUACUGGGAUAAAACCUUUCUCGUGUGAGUUAUGCGAUUAUAAAUGUACAACAAAUGGUGCACUAGUGGCGCACAUGAGAACCCAUACUGGAAUAAAACCUGUCUUGUGUAAGUUAUGCGAUUAUAAAUGUUCUCAAAAUAGCUAUUUAGUGAGGCACAUGAUAACCCAUACUGGGAUAAAACCUUUCUCGUGUGAGUUAUGCGAUUAUAAAUGUUCUCUAAGAGGUAAUUUAGUGAGGCACAUGAUAACCCAUACUGGGAUAAAACCUUUCUCGUGUGAGUUAUGCGAUUAUAAAUGUUCUCGAAAUGAAAGUUUAGUGUCGCACUUGAGAACCCACACUGGUUUAAAGCCUUUCUCGUGUGAGUUAUGCGAUUAUAAAUGUUCUCAUAGUGGUAGUUUAGUGACGCACAUGAGUACCCAUACUGGUAUUAAGCCUUUCUCGUGUGAGUUAUGCGAUUAUAAAUGUUCUCGAAAUAGCAAUUUAGUGGCGCACAUGAGAACCCAUACUGGUAUUAAGCCUUUCUCGUGUGAGUUAUGCAAUCACAAAUGUACAACAAAAAGUGGAUUAGUGGUGCACAUGAGAACCCACACUGGUGUAAAACCUUACUCGUGUGAGUUAUGCAAUUACAAAUGUACAACAAAUGGUGCACUAGUGGCGCACUUGAGAACCCAUACUGGAAUAAAACCUGUCUCGUGUAAGUUAUGCGAUUAUAAAUGUUCUCAAAAUAGCCAUUUAGUGUUGCACAUGAGAACCCAUACUGGAAUAAAACCUUUCUCGUGUGAGUUAUGCGAUUAUAAAUGUUCUCUAAGUGGUAAUUUAGUGAGGCACAUGAGAACCCAUACUGCGAUAAAACCUUUCUCGUGUGAGUUAUGCGAUUAUAAAUGUUCUCGAAAUGAAAGUUUAGUGUCGCACUUGAGAACCCACACUGGUUUAAAGCCUUUCUCGUGUGAGUUAUGCGAUUAUAAAUCUUCUCGAAGUGGUAAUUUAGUGACGCACAUGAGAACCCAUACUGGGAUAAAACCUUUCUCGUGUGAGUUAUGCGAUUAUAAAUGUUCUCUAAGUGGUAAUUUAGCAAAGCACAUGAGAACCCAUACUGGGAUAAAACCUUUCUCGUGUGGGUUAUGCGAUUAUAAAUGUUCUGUAAGUGGUAAUUUAGUGACGCACAUGAGAACUCAUACUGGAAUAAAACCUGUCUCGUGUAAGUUAUGCGAUUAUAAAUGUUCUCAAAAUAGCCAUUUAGUGUUGCACAUGAGAACCCAUACUGGGAUAAAACCUUUCUCGUGUGAGUUAUGCGAUUAUAAAUGUUCUCUAAGGGGUAAUUUACUGUCAAAUAUUACCCUAGGGGUGACAUGGAUUCAAAGAUACCUAAAGGUAGCAUUCGGUUCUUCGGCGACCACGACGAGCGACUGCGACCAGCGACUACGCGACGAUGGUCGCCUGUCGCAAGGCGACCCCUAG